AUGCCGGGGCGCUCAACUACAGAAGCCAUUUACCUUGUUAGGAGGUUGAUGGAGCAGUAUAGGGAGAGAAAGCGGAAUUUACAUAUGGUGUUCAUCGACUUAGAGAAGGCAUAUGAUAAAGUGGCGAGAGAGGUGUUAUGGAGAUGUUUGGAGGUUAGCAGCAUUCCUGUUGCAUACAUUAGGGCUAUUCAAGACACGUACGAUGGUACUAAGACUCGGGUUAGGACAGUGAAAGGUGACUUUGAACACUUUACGGUUGUGAUGGGGUUGCAUCAGGGGUCAGCCUUUAGCCUAUUUCUUUUUGCCCUGGCAAUCGACGCGCUGACGCAACACAUUCAAGGGGAAGUACCAUGGUUGGAUAGGAUUAGAAAUGAAGUUAUCCAGGACAAGGUUGUCGUGGCUCCUGUGGAGGAUAAGAUGCAGGAGGCGAGACUUAGAUGGUCCGCGCAUGUAAAGAGGAGAGACUCUGAUGCUCCGGUGAGGAGGUGUGAGAUGCUGGUGUUGGAGGGCUAA